GAAUUUGGACUACCUACAUGCGCGCUCUCUCUCUAUCUCUCUCUUUUUCCAAUGGGUAGAAGGGUGGGAAUAGGACUAGGACCAGAGGUAGGAAGUCAGAGGUAUGCCACUUGAGGUAAAGUGGAAUGUACAAGUGAUUUUUAAGUAAUUAUAUUUUAAUUUUUAUGAUUUUAUCAUGUCCCUUACACAUUCCGGCCAGAGCUGAAUAACUUUCAAGAAAUUAAGGACAUCCCCAUAUACCACAGUGAGGCAAGAGAUUCCUCUUUAGCACAAAUUACUUUUUAUAACAACACAUGUAGGAUCCCCUGCAGGGAGCCAGACUCACAAUCGAUCACCUCCCUCUCCCCCCCAUCUCCCAAAAGAAAAUCCUGAGCAGGAGGCGGCCCAAGGUAGGCUGGGAUAAAACCUGAAGGUCAGGACAUGGGCCGGGGUCAGCGGUCCAGAAGAUCCCAUUUCUUACACGGGGUAUCAUUGCCCAGUGUCCAGUUGUCAGGGUCGGCUUGGCUCAGCUCUCCAGAAGCUGGCUUGGCAGUGUCCGGAUUAAAUUAUAAACAAGCAAGUGGAGAGUUGGGGUGGGAUAUAGAACCUGCUUAGGGUCAGGUCCCAAUAUAAGUGAGUUCUUUUUUUCUUCUUAAAACAAGUCUAUCACCUGAUCCUCAAAACAAUCCUUCGAGGCAGAGGCUAUUAGCCCCAUUUUACAGCUGAAGAAAAUCUGGCAGCCAGAGGCUUAAAGGAUUUAUCCAGACUCACACGAGGCCACACUUGAGCUCCGGGCUUCCAGAUCGUGGGCUCAAUGCUCCGGCCAUUGAGCCCCCUAACUCGGGGAACUGGGUGGGGGGGGGGAUGAGGACCUGGAGGAGAAUAAAGAAAAGGAGACAGAAAAGAGGGGAAGAUGAGGCAGAGACGGAAGGACGGUGGGGGAGGAAAGGCAGUUUAUAGAGGGGGAAGAUGAGACAGCAAAGAAUGGAAGGGGAAGAAGAGAAGAGCGAGGCUUGGAAGCGGCACAGGGAGUGUCAGAAGAGGUGGGGGGAGGAGGGGCGGGGCAGAUGCCAGGGACUGCAGGACUUCGAGAUAAUGAGCACGCGAGGCAGGGUAGGGGAGAAGGUUUAAGUCCCAGGGAGGGGAAGAGAUCACGCUCCUCCUUCCUGGGAUUUAGGCUUCCGUUCUCCAGGCUGAACUGGGGUCCUCUUUGCCACACUCGAUUAGUCUCAGUUGUCAUGGCGACGGGAAGACCCGGGGGCAGAAAAGGUGAGACACAAAAGCGUAGAAAAGACGCGCGAGGAACUACCGGGCAAUCCGGGAGCUCUGGAGAUGGCUGUUAAAACCCCGCCUCUCAUGGCGCAGCCGGUAGGCGACGGAUCAACCUCAUUUCCGGUUCUCAGAACGGCAGUCCUUCCAUUGUUGCCUUCUCAUUGGCUGCCACAGGGACGCGCUGUGAUUUCCCAUUGGUUCUUUCUCUUCCUUGGCCGCCGUACCUCCUCUCUCUGGAUACCGUCUUUUCUGUCAGCACCAGAUAGGCUGAAGGUCGGGAAGGCGUCUGCCCAUCAGAGCCAAUGAGCAGUGUCUAGGGGGAGGGCGACGGCUGCGCGGUGUGGGCGGGGAGGGACUUAGCGUGGCUAUUGGCCAGGGCGGGCACAAGCGAGGAUAUGAUUGGCUGGGGAGUAGGGGCCCCGUGGCAGGGUCCCGUUUGCGCGGCCUCAGCAGCUGCGGGAGACGGAAGUGGUGGGAACGCGGCCUCGGAGGGUCGGGCAGACGCGGCCCCGGCCCGGUGAGAAGCAGGCAGCCAGGACUCUCACCACGGUAGGAUGGGUGAGGAGGGGCCCCCCAGCCUGGAGUAUAUCCAAGCCAAGGAUCUGUUUCCCCCCAAGGAACUAGUGAAAGAAGAAGAGAACCUGCAGGUACCCUUCACAGUGCUGCAGGGGGAGGGGGUAGAGUUCCUAGGCCGGGCAACUGAUGCCCUUAUUGCCAUCUCCAACUACCGGUUACACAUCAAGUUCAAAGACUCAGUCAUUAACGUGCCCUUGCGAAUGAUUGACAGUGUGGAGAGCCGGGACAUGUUUCAGUUGCACAUUGCCUGCAAGGAUUCCAAGGUGGUGAGGUGCCACUUUUCUACAUUCAAGCAGUGCCAAGAGUGGUUGUCAAGGCUGAGCCGAGCCACAGCAAGACCUGCCAAACCUGAGGACCUUUUUGCCUUUGCCUACCAUGCCUGGUGCCUGGGGUUGACUGAGGAGGAGCAGCACACCCACCUUUGUCAGCCAGGAGAGCACAUACGAUGUCGGCAGGAGGCAGAGCUGGUGAGGAUGGGGUUUGACCUGCACAACGUCUGGAGAGUCUCGCACAUCAACAGCAAUUACAAAUUGUGUCCCAGUUACCCUCAGAAGCUAUUGGUUCCUGUAUGGAUUACAGACAAGGAGCUAGAAAAUGUGGCUUCUUUCCGUUCAUGGAAGCGAAUCCCUGUUGUGGUAUACAGGCACUUGCGCAAUGGGGCUGCGAUCGCCCGUUGCAGCCAGCCGGAGAUCAGCUGGUGGGGUUGGCGCAAUGCUGAUGAUGAGUACCUGGUUACAUCUAUUGCCAAAGCCUGUGCCCUGGAUCCUGGAGUGAAGUCAGCUGGGGGUGUCCCCUUCAAUGGGAACAGUGAGGGAAGUGAAACAUGUGAUGCUGAUUUCGAUUCCUCUCUUACAGCAUGCUCUGGAGUAGAGAGUACUGGAGCACCCCAGAAGCUGCUCAUCUUAGAUGCUCGUUCAUAUACAGCAGCAGUGGCCAACCGGGCCAAGGGUGGAGGCUGUGAAUGUGAAGAGUACUAUCCCAACUGUGAAGUGGUAUUCAUGGGAAUGGCUAAUAUUCAUUCCAUUCGGAACAGUUUCCAGUACCUCCGAGCUGUCUGCAGUCAGAUGCCAGAUCCUAGCAACUGGCUGUCGGCAUUGGAGAGCACCAAAUGGCUGCAACACUUGUCAGUGAUGUUGAAGGCAGCAGUGCUGGUGUCCAACACAGUGGACCGAGAGGGUCGGCCAGUUCUGGUUCAUUGUUCAGAUGGCUGGGACCGUACUCCUCAGAUUGUAGCCCUGGCAAAGAUCCUGUUGGAUCCCUACUAUAGGACUUUAGAGGGCUUCCAAGUGCUGGUGGAGACUGAUUGGCUGGACUUUGGUCACAAAUUUGGUGAUCGAUGUGGUCACCAAGAGAAUGCAGAGGAUCAGAAUGAACAGUGCCCAGUGUUUCUCCAGUGGCUUGAUUCAGUUCACCAGCUGCUUAAGCAGUUCCCCUGUCUGUUUGAAUUUAACGAAGCCUUCUUGGUAAAACUGGUACAGCAUACGUACUCUUGUCUGUAUGGCACAUUCCUGGCUAACAACCCAUGGGAACGAGAGAUGCGCAACAUUUAUAAGCGGACCUGUUCUGUGUGGUCCCUCCUCCGAGCAGGCAACAAGAAUUUCCACAACUUUCUUUAUGUUCCGGGUUCGGAGCUGGUCCUCCAUCCUGUGUGUCACGUGCGGGCCCUGCAUCUCUGGACAGCCGUGUACCUUCCAGCAUCAUCUCCUUGCACACUUGGGGAAGAUAGCAUGGACCUUUACCUUCCUCCAGUAUCUCAGAGUCAGGAAUUCACUGGCCGAUCUCUGGACAGAUUACCUAAAACAAGGUCCAUGGAUGAUUUGUUUUCUGCCUGUGACACCAGCAGUGCACUGACUCGCACAUCUAGUGAUCCCAACCUAAAUAACCACUGUCAGGAGGCUAGAGCAGGCCUGGAGCCCUGGCACAGCAAUUCUGAAGGGACAGAUAUACCCUUAGCAGAACAUGGGCCGGGCAGCCCUCAACAGCCACUGGAGGAACUGGGUCAUCUUCAUCUCCAGCCCAGUAACCAGAAAGAUUGUUUGAGCAAUAAUACUUUGAACAAUCACAAAAAUUAUCCCCCCAGUUACAAAUUACUAAAUAGCAUGGUACUACAGCAAGCGAAGAGCCACCCCAGCAAUCCUGAAAUCAAAGACCUGGAAGAAACCAAGGACUCUGAACCAGCUGCAAGCCCACCUAUUCUGGACAAGCCACGUAGGACUUACGAUGGUGUUGGAGAAUAUCCACCUGCACACAGACCCAAGAUAAAUGCUGCCAGUGUACUCUCCCAGGUUGUUUCCUCUGAAUGUAAUGGAAUCUUUAAACUUCCGGAGUCCUUCUCUCAGGAUUCCCCUCCUGAUCAAGGCAUUCUUGAACAAGCUCCUCUAGACCCCAUGCCAGGCGUGCCCUGCAGAGAUGUUCCAGACCACAGUUUAGGUGUCUUUCAUAACCCACCAAGUAUUGCCUGCCAAACUCUUGUAGACCCUCUACUGGGUCCCCCUUGCCAAGACCUUUCAGACUCUGUGUCAAGUAUCACCCAGGAGCAGCAGUUGAAUACUCAGCUGGAUCCUGCCCCCUGGGAGGAAGAUAUUGGUCAAAGAGGGAAUGUUAGAAAUGGGCAAUUAUGGGAAAAUCUUCGCUUUGGCAAAGGGCCACUGGAAGUGGUCCGAAAGCCAAUUUCCCAGAGUCAGACAAGUGAAUUUUCAUUUUUGGGGUCCAACUGGGACAGUUUCCAGGGAAUGGUGACUUCACUCCCAAAUGGGGAGACUCCUAGGCGUCUGCUUUCCUAUGGCUGUUGCAGUAAGAGGUCAAAUAGUAAGCAGAUACGGGGGUCAGGGACCUAUGUUGGUGGCCAAUGGGUUCAGAGAGAAGGUGUGAAAUCACCUGUUUGUUCUAAGCAUUCCAGUGGACACUGUACUGGCUCAGCAGGAAAAAACAACAGGACAUGGCUAUCCGGCCACCCCAGGCAGGUGUCUAAUACAAAGCCUAUUUCAUUGAGUUGCCCUUCUCCAGUGCCUCCUCUCUACUUGGAUGAUGAUGGCCUCCCUUUCCCCACGGAUGUGAUCCAACAUAGAUUGCGGCAAAUUGAAGCGGGAUACAAACAAGAGGUAGAGCUGCUACGGAGGCAGGUGCGUGAACUCCAGAUGAGGCUGGAUAUCCGUCACUGCUGUGCCCCUCCAGCAGAGCCACCUAUGGACUAUGAGGAUGACUUUACAUGUUUGAAAGAAUCAGAUGGCAGUGACACAGAGGAUUUUGGUUCUGAUCACAGUGAGGACUGCCUUUCAGAAGCUAGCUGGGAACCUGUUGAUAAGAAAGAAACUGAGGUGACUCGUUGGGUUCCAGACCAUAUGGCAUCCCACUGCUAUAACUGUGACUGUGAAUUCUGGCUGGCCAAACGGAGACACCACUGCAGAAAUUGUGGGAAUGUGUUCUGUGCUGGAUGCUGCCACCUGAAGCUGCCCAUUCCUGACCAACAGCUCUAUGAUCCAGUUCUUGUUUGUAACUCAUGUUAUGAACACAUCCAAGUGUCACGUGCCAGGGAACUCAUGAGCCAACAUCUGAAGAAACCCAUUGCUACAGCUUCUAGCUGAAUGCCAGUGGAGACCGCCUGUCCAAUUUCAACAGGUUUGAAGGGAGGAUCUGCUUCAGGUAUAGUUUUGAAGGUUCCUUGGUGUGGCUCAUGAACACAAAGUUCGAAGACACCGUCUUGAUGAAGUCCUCCUUGGUACCAUCAUACUGGAGCAGAGAAAUUCAAAUUUGGCAGUGUCCUCUAAUGUGAGAACCUCACCUUGGUGUAAAAGGUCCUGCUCCAGACCUUAAGGUCUGGAGGCUUAAGGUUAUGUAGGUGACACCAACUUUUUUCACCUUGGGGGUGGGUGGGUCAUAAGAUGAUGAUGAUAAAGGUACUGCCUGGUGCAAAGUGCCCCAAACAGCAAUAGAAAGACAUGUUUAUAACCAAACUCCAAGUGGUAAAUCAGCUUCCAUUUCUCCACCCUGAAAAAGCAGAUUAUAAUGUACAAGCUGGGAGUUCCUAUCUUAUCUGAGAUGAUCUCCACAGCAUACCUCUGUGCUCUGUGUCUGUGCAUGAAGGCUCAGUCUUUAGAGGCACUCCAGUGUAGCUGCAUUAGUUCUGUCUUUCUGUGGAGUUUGGUUUGAAGAAUGCUUUGGCAAAUGGUGAAGUUGGUUGUUUUUGUCUCUUGGCCCAUGAGCUGGCAGUAUGGUGGAUAUUAAGUAUAGAAGAAAUCAGAAGGAGUGAAACUUCAUUUUGGAGCAGAGCCAAUCUCUCUUGAUAUCCAGUCCCAAUACAGAUGAGUGUUUGAACUGUGAAAACAGUAGACUCAGUCAUCCAGUGGUCAGCUCUGAGGAUAUGAGCUGUAAAAAAAUGAGGAGAUGGGGGAAAAUAAAAAUCCAUUUGUGGAGGUGUCUGCUGGUUUGUUCAGUGCCCUUUUUGCCUGACUUCUCCCAGUCAUCCUGGUGCUAACACAGGAACUAUACCCUGAUCCUCUCCUGGCAUGAACGUAGAAAAAAAAAAAAAUUCUGAUGUUGCCCUUCCCUUGGCUACUGCCUCCUCUGGGUUACACUGCUCUUUAUCCUGAACACUUGACACCUUGAGGGUAGAAUUUAGUGUUUGGUUUUUACCUCCUGGAAUAUACUGUUUGGUAUGUGAGGGUUUCAGAACAAAUGCUGCUGUCUAUUUCUGUGCACUUAACAAUGGAACCCAAACAGAGGAGGAUAUAGCAUUGAUACCAAAAUUUGGAGAGAGAAAUGCAGGUCCAUUUGGACUGUACAUUCUGUUCUUUUCAUCAUAACAUGUACCAGUGGCACUUAACCAAAAGAAAAGAUACAGCGAUAUAGCCAUGUCCUGUAGUAUCUGUUGGUGGGACAGAUACAGUCUCCUUGGUCCAUAAUGAAACCACUUUCUGACGUUUCUCUUGGACUUCCUUUACUCUUAAGCUAGUGGGUAUACAACAAAGCAUUAUAUCUAAGCUGAUCCUGUUUGAAAGAUUGGGAUAACAGUUUCUUUGACUUUUUGUGUUGCUUCCUAAAAUUUUAUCCCCAAGACUUUUUACUUUUUUAUUUUUGAGAGAACUAACUAGGAUCUGCAUUUAGGAAGAGAAUGAUUAGAAGUCCUGACCUAUUGAUUCCUACAGAGAAGUAUCAAUGCUGUUUUAAUUCUGACCAUGUGCUAAUGCCAUGACUGUAAGGAAAACACAUGGUAUAUUUAGGUCAAAGUAGCAGAGGAUUUGGGGUUGUUGGUGGUUUUUUUUUUUUAAACAUUUUACAUGAAAGAGUUGAAUAAUGGAGACUCCAAUGUAGGAAACUCCUGAGGUGACUGAAAAAGUAACAAACUGUUCACUCCUUAUCUAGUAUGUAGUCUGAUACAUAAAAUUCUGUGAAAGUACUCUCUGAUCCUUUAAAUUGAAAGUUGAGUGGCUUUUUAAUUGUUUGCCCUAUUUUUCAUUUACAUUUUACUUUGCCCAUGCACAGUUCUGUACUUUUUAUGAUGGUUUGCAAACUCAAGACAGCAAAAAAAGUAAGACUGUGGCAAUACAUGAGGAGACUAUAUCUGUCCACUCUAUGUGGCUAUUUUGAGGGACUGUACCAUACAGUGAGUUAAAACUGCAUGGUAUUAAAAGAGAGACACUUAAGGGCCUCCAGCUUAGCUAUGUUCAUCAAAGACUCCUUUCCGAGCUCUUGUGGGUGUAAAGUAAUGAUGUGGCCAAAAAUCCAAACUGUUUAGUCGCAUUGUGACAAACAUGAAAUGUGCUGUAAAAACUCAAUACAGUUUAAAUAAAAUCUCUAUAUUAGU